AUGGACUUACAAUUUCGAUAUUUUCAGCAACAUCGAAUUGAUACUCAACUGUUGAAGUCUUCAUCUUUCAUUCAAGCUCUUCGAAUGAUCGAAAUCACGAUAGCUAAUCCUAAUCUUUCGGUAAAAUUCGCGCAAACGUGUGUUCAAUCUCUUCGCAAUGAGCCAUUAUUUGAUCUAAGUGAAUCUCUCAAACAUAUUCGCACAAUUUACCGACAUCAAUGUACAGUUCUUCAAAAUAUUCGCUUGAAAAUCGAUUCAUUUGCCGAUAACUGGUCGACAUUUACUCUUGGUCAUCGACAUCGUUCGUCAUUCGAUAGAAUUACGAUGGACAAAUCUCUUAUCGAUGGAUCAAUCGAUAUCAAUGAGAAUGAUAGCGAAAUCUAUUCCCGUUUAGUUUUUUUCUUCUAUGCCAAAUUACUUCAUGAAAUUGCUCAUGCUUGUCUUGCGGAAAUGGGUCGUCAGAUGCCAUCUGGCGAUUAUGAUGAACGAUUUUCUUCACCAGCCACCCAUGCACUGACUGGAGAAGCUGGUGAUGCCAUCGAAAGACAUUUUUUCGGCUCAGUGGUCGACGCGGUUGGUGAUUACUCAGGCGUAGAAAAGAAUGUUUUCAAGAUCAAUCACGUCAUUCUUAGAGAAAGAAGAAAUAAACAAGAAAUAACAACCGAUUAUUUAUUAUAUUUCAAGAAACUCAACUUGGCUGUGAUUGAAUCAAUACCAAUGAUAUUAACCCAAGUUCUCUCGUCGACAGCAGUUCCUCGGAAAAGAAAACGCCAAUCAAAGGAUCGAACAACACCAAGGAUAACACGAAUGAAUGAAACUCCAUCAACUACAUGCGGAUGGGGUCCGGAUGGAAUGAUCGAUGAUGACGACGAAAAUGACGAUGAUCAGCCAUUGUUAGAUGCGAAUGGACAAGAACGCGAUCGAGUGAUUAUGUGGAAAGCAUAA